ACCCUCUAUUGCUGUGCUGUGUCUCUGUGUUAGCACACAAUGUAUCCUGCAUGGCUCUUCUUGUGGCUGUUUUCUGCUCUUUGCAGGUCUCUGGUGCAGGGGGUGUGCCUGUGGUCUCCUCACAUGGAGGAUGACAGCCAAGAGUAAUGGUCUGCAGAGCUCACCAGCCAACCACCACCCCUGCCCACCCACCCGAGCUCGAGUGGACAGUGACUUGGAGGGGACAGGGCUCAGCACCAGGAGGACCUGCUCAACCCAGGAUGACACCUCCUCAGAGCUGCAGAGAGGAGCUCCCCUGGAUGGUGGGGAGCAGCUGGCUGCUCCUGCUUUCCAAGGCAGGCAAGCCUUGGCCAGGAUAGUCCGGCUGGUGCUGGUGCUGAGGGACUGGGCCAGCAAGAGCUUGCACGAGGAGCAGCAAAGGCCAGACCCCUUCCUCGAGCGCUUCCAGGGCCCCGAGCUCCAGGCAGUGUCUGUAGAUGCUGACAAUGAUCUAGAGGACGAGGAGAACAAGGAGAAACCCAAAAAGAGGAAAUGGCAGACCUUUGUGGUGGACCCUGCAGGGGAUUGGUAUUACCGCUGGCUGGCUGUCGUUACAGUUCCUGUCCUCUAUAACUGGUGCCUGCUAGUAGCCAGGGCUUGCUUCAGUGACCUGCAGAAGGUCUACAUUGUCCUUUGGCUGGUGCUAGACUACAUCUCAGACACAGUCUACAUUGGGGACAUAGUGAUCCGCCUGCACACAGGUUUCUUGGAGCAGGGUCUCCUGGUCAAGGACCUGAAGAAGUUACGGGACAACUACAUCUACACCUUACAGUUCAAGCUGGAUGUUCUUUCCAUCCUGCCCACGGACCUGGCCUACUUGGCCGUGGGCCUGCAGCGCCCCGAGCUGCGUUUCAACAGGCUGCUGCGCUUCUCCCGCAUGUUCGAGUUCUUCGACAGGACUGAGACCCGAACCAGCCACCCCAACAUCUUCCGCAUCAGCAACCUGGUGCUUUACAUCCUCAUCAUCAUCCACUGGAAUGCGUGCAUCUAUUAUGCCAUUUCCAAAGCCAUAGGCUUCGGAACGGACACCUGGGUCUAUCCCAACGUCACAGACCCCCAGUACGGCUAUCUGUCCAGGGAAUAUGUCUACUGCCUCUACUGGUCCACGCUGACUUUGACUACCAUCGGAGAGACUCCUCCCCCGGUGCGUGACGAGGAGUACCUCUUCGUGAUCUUUGACUUCCUCAUCGGUGUCCUCAUCUUUGCCACCAUCGUGGGGAACGUGGGCUCCAUGAUCUCCAACAUGAAUGCCACCAGGGCGGAGUUCCAGGCCAAGAUCGAUGCCAUCAAACACUACAUGCAGUUCCGCAAGGUGAGCAAGGAGAUGGAAACCAAAGUCAUCAAGUGGUUUGACUACCUGUGGACCAACAAGAAGGCAGUGGACGAAAGGGAAGUCCUCAAGAAUCUUCCCGAUAAGCUCAGGGCAGAGAUUGCCAUCAACGUCCACCUGGAGACGCUGAAGAAGGUUAGGAUUUUCCAGGACUGUGAGGCAGGUCUGCUGGUGGAGCUGGUGCUGAAGCUUCGCCCUCAGGUGUUCAGCCCAGGGGAUUACGUGUGCCGGAAAGGAGACAUCGGGAAAGAGAUGUACAUCAUCAAGGAAGGGAAGCUGGCCGUGGUGGCUGAUGAUGGCACCACACAGUAUGCUUUGCUCACGGCAGGAGGCUGCUUUGGUGAGAUCAGCAUCCUCAACAUUAGAGGGAGCAAAAUGGGCAACAGGCGCACUGCCAACAUUCGCAGCUUGGGCUACUCUGAUCUCUUCUGCCUGUCGAAGGAAGACCUCAUGGAAGCGGUCACAGAGUAUCCUGAUGCCAAAAAGGUCUUGGAGGAGCGUGGCCGGGAGAUCCUUAUCAAGGAAGGGUUGCUGGAUGAGUCGGCUGCAGAGGCAAGCAUGGAAGGGAAGAGCGUGGAGGAGAGGCUGGACAGGCUGGCCCUGAACCUGGACACGCUGCACACCCGCCUGGGCCGGCUCCUGACGGAGUACAAUGAUGCCCAGAUGAAGCUCAAGCAGCGCAUCACUGUUCUGGAGUCCAAAAUGAGGCAGCAGGAUCUGGAGGACUUCUUCUCUGAUAGCUCAGACAGUCUGCUUGAGGAUGAGGAGAAAGCUUUACCUAGUGGGACGUAAUGAGGGGGUGCAGAGGUCAGCUAGAUGAUGUUUGGCCUUGUGCCCAGAUGGUGCUUGCUAUUUCACAAGGCAGAUCCUGUGGCUGCCUUGCCAGGGACUUCUCUCAGAUCCUUAGCAUUGCUGCUGCCAGUGCCUUCAUAGCAGCUCCUGAGGUGGCUCCACAUCAGGUGAUUGUCCUAGCUCCUUAUUCUGGCCUGUCCCUUUUCUUAUUGCCUUGGUCUGAGUCCUUGGACUUGGAUCACUAAAAAGAGGAGAAUGGAUAGUGCCACUGCUAACAUUUCCUUCCAGCUUUCCUAAAAGGCCUGUGCCCAUCACACCUCCUUGCACCUGUUUGCCUUAAUUAGAUGCUGAGCAUAAAACUUGCAUGCAGGGGCACCUG